CUAGAUUAGGCACCUCGUCAGUUUGAUUGAUUCUUCCGCACCAAUAGUACCGUACCCGGAAUUUAAGCUCAAAAUGUCUCUGGAUCAGGUUAUCGAACGGAUCAAGACCCGCGUUGCCGCCGUGGAUCCCAACGGUCCCCGGAAGGUGCUCGGAGUAUUCCAGCUGGAUGUGAAAACCGGCGGAGCUGUCGAACAGUGGAUUGUUGACCUUAAGCAGCUGAAGGUUGAGAAGGGAACUGCCAGCAGCCCGGAUGUUACCGUUGGAUUGAGCGUUGAAGAUCUGAUUGCCAUUAGCGCGAAAACCGUGACCAUCGGAGACGCUCUUAAGGAGGGAAAAAUCACCGUGACCGGUGAUAAGGAGCUGGCCAACAAGCUGGCCGACGUUAUCUAAAGCGUGGAUGUGGAUGAUUGAUCGAUUGGAUUGUGAGAUGGAAGUGUAAUAAAGUUGUGUUGAUUUUGUAAAAAAA